AUGGACCGCGAUGACUACCCAGUUCGAUUGGUUGGUGGUAACACGGAGACAGAGGGUCGUGUUGAAAUCUUCUUCUACGGCCAGUGGGGAACCAUCUGUAGUUCCGAAUGGGAUCCGCGUGAUGCCAGCGUGGUGUGUCGUCAACUUGGCCUUUACGGUCCGAACACGUCCGUUACAGACGCAUACUUUGGCGAAGGAAGCGGUCACGUGUUGAUGAAGAAUGUUCAGUGCAUAGGCAACGAAACACAUUUGUCUGAUUGUGCUUUCCAAGGCUGGGGAAAUGACUGCUUCCACAACUUAGAUGCCAGCGUGUUGUGCCAGAUUGGUGAAGACUUCCCUGUGCGACUCGUUGGAAGAGAGGACACGAAUGGGCGAGAAGGAUUACUGCAGGUAGCCUUCAGGGGUGAAUGGGGAGCAGUUUGCGGUAGCGGCCUGCAGGCGUUGAGUUCCAUCGUCAUCUGCAGGCUACUUGGCUACAACGGAACCAGCAUGUCAUACCCGGUAGCGGUGCGCUCGCUCCCGGCGGUCCCGGGCAUUGCCACCAACCGCAUCCCGGACGACUCUACUGACCGAUGGAUCAGCAGGGCCCGCGGGGCGACGGUCCGCCGUCUGCCCCGGGCCCCUCACCGGCUCCCAUUCGCCGAGCAGCACCAGCUCAGAGAUCUCACAGAGGCUGUCACCCUCUCGCCCGCCAGAUUGACUCUAAACCUCAGCCAGCUGCGACGACACAAGACCUGGAGUCCCUUCCGGCCGUCCGUCCGUUCUCCCUCACAUGGGGCCCUCUCGGAGACCGAGGCGACUUCUAUUCUUCAACCAGAACCAUCCCCUCAAUCAGUCGCGGCGUCGGGACCACCUCCGCCUCAUGGUGACUCGUUCCGCUCGGAACACGGGUCGGCUCCUCCUCCCGCCAGCCUUCAGCCUGUCUCCUCCGAAGAUGAUGACAUCGACUAUGUGGCUGGUCUGACCCAGCCGGAAGAUAACCCUGACGCUGCCAGAGACAAGAUCUUGUCCGAUUCCUCUACUCGGCCGUCGGGCCCCGGUUAUCCCCGCCCACAACCGCCUCCAGAAGACCCCUGCCACGCCUCGCCAGUCGUGGAUUCUCGCGCCGUGCCCCCAGUCCCUCCGGAGGACGGCGCCGGUGACUACUUCCAUUCAUCUUCGGCGGCCGCCGAUCCCGAACCCGUCGGCGGCCGCCCAGGCAACUUCAUCGGGUUCUGGCGGGAAAUCACCUCGGACAGCUGGGUCCUCUCCACCGUUGCCUACGAAAAUUCCCUCGAGUUCACGAGUCCCCCGUCGUCAGGGAUGGUCUUCCGUUCCACUCCUCCCCCAUACGACAAAUCCAAGCGCCUAGCUCUGGAGGAGGAGAUCUCAACACUAUUACCCAAACGAGCCAUAACACCGGUAUAUCCAAACCAAUUAUCCACCGGUUUCCAUUCGUCCUUUUUCCUGACACGCAAGAAAGAACCGGGAAAAUGGCGACCGAUAAUCAAUCUUAAACCGCUCAACAAGUUCAUGAAGCCAAGGAUCGCAAAGACUGUUGCCCCCUACUUACGACGGCACGACGUCCUCAUUUUUCAAUACCUGGACAACUUGCUGAUCGUCGGUCACUCCCCCGACGAGGCCAGAGCCUGCACCUCUCUCACCCUCGAUGUCACAACUCGCCGGGGGUUCCUCGUCAACCACGACAAGUCGGCCCUCGACCCAGCACAGCGGCUGACCUACCUUGGGGCGAUCCUUGACCUUCACAGAGGCAUCGCGGGCCGGACACCGGAGCGCAUCCUCAACCUACAACAAUGUGUCAUUCAGUUUUUGCGAUCCGAGGCACCUCCGGCGCUAGCCUGGCUCCGUCUUCCCGGACCAAUGGCCAGCCGCCUCCGCAUCCUGGUCGUAUUUCAGAGGCGUUUCCUUGGCGGAUAUGUGCCAGGCGGCUUGCUGGAAAUCCCCUUCCACCUUCACCAAGUGCUAACUGAAGGAUGUUCUGCGGAGCGAGACUGCUCACGGCGCAGCAACGUUUCGCUCGAUCAUUGGGACAGCAUCAAGCGCCGUCCCACACCGAAUGAACUCUUCAUUGUAGAUACCCUUUUCUCUGAUGACGAGUUUCCAAUUCGACUGGUUGGAGGUCUGACAAAUACAGAGGGGCGUGUCGAGAUUUUAUUCAGGGGGCGAUGGGCGAAUGUGGAGGACGAUGGUUGGGAUCGGACGGAUUCAGGUGUCGUGUGCAGACAACUUGGAUUUGGCGGACCCAGUUUAGCUGUGCUGAACAUUUUUGGUGAAGGACGCGGCCCUACACGUAUGAACAGAGUCAACUGCCAAGGCAAUGAGGACAGGUUGAUCGACUGUCCUUUCUCGACUAGUAACCGUGAUUUUAUCAGGAAUGAUUUCAACCCAAAACAAAGCCAUCUUGGAGUGACAUGCCAAACAGAGGAAGCGUUCCAAGUUCGCUUGGUGGGCGGGCCUAAUGCGAGAUCAGGGCGCGUAGAACUACAGUUCCGAGGUCAAUGGGGUGCAGUUUGUGGUGCCGUUUGGGCGACAGCUGAUGCUAGCGUCGUGUGCAGGCAACUUGGAUUUGACGGAGCCAGUAUUGCCACUGCUGGCAUUGUGUCGCAUGACACUUUCCAGGGCUCUGUGUAUAUAGAUGUUGCCUCUUGCCGUGGCAAUGAAAGUAGGCUUAUUGAUUGUGAGAUGAAAAAAGGACAUCGUUUGGGUGACUAUCAUUGUGCCGGCAGUAUAUAUGCGGAGGCCAUAUGCCAAGCAGAUGAAGAUUUCCCGGUUCGGCUGAUGGAUGGUGCUUCGGAUGAAAUUGGACGUGUGGAAGUGUACGUAAGCGGACAGUGGGGAUCUGUAUGCUCUAGUAAUUGGAACAUAGAGGAUGCACGUGUUGUAUGCAAUCAGCUGGGCUUUGAUGGAGCUGAGGCAUCUGUUUACCGGCCCUUACUUCCGCCCGGAACAGGGCCGGUCUUCAUGAACAGCGUUCGGUGCGUUGGUAAUGAGUCGAAGCUCGCUCAUUGCCAAUUUCAUGGCUGGAAAACCUACGCACAAUUUUGUGGAUCAAAAAGAGUUGGCGUUGUCUGCAAAGAUGUGUUCAGACGUACAUGCCCACCGCCAGAAGCCAGACUGGACUAUAGCGGACUUUAUGUAAUAUCAGUCCUCGUUCCCAGGGGUGAUUCAUCAGCAAACGUUUCUUGGAGCAAGCCAGUUGUUAAAAACCAACCGGAGAAGUCUGUGGAAUACACCACAUGCCAGCAGGUGGGGGGAAACGCCACUCCAUGGCCCUGUCAGAGCGGGGAUCAAUUUAAUGUGACUUACAACUGGCGAGUCCAAAAAGUCGGUUGGGACACGUUAGUGGAGUAUGUGGUCUUGGAUCGAAGCGGAAGUAAAAACAUCAGUCACACCUGCUCAUUCUACGUGUCUGUACGAGAGAAGGCGUUUGAUAACGCAUUGGCGCCCGUGCGUCCCCCACUUGACAGAGAAGUCAUCAGCACCCUCCAACCUGUCGUAUCAGUAUUAGUUAACUGCACACAUAAUGUCACCUUUGACCCAAUACUGGGACCUCUGACCUGGCUGGAAACUAUGCCGGGAACACAGGCGGAAUGUGUAGAGAGAUGCCCUCCCGUGAGCCAGAAAUAUGGUAUGCCAUUAGCAGUCAGGAACUGUUCUACGAGCGGUAUCGAGGGCAGAAUUUCAAGAUGGCAAAAUCCAGAGAUACGAAACUGUGGUCCAAUCCGAAUUACAACUGACCUCAAACAGGUUUCUCAGCUUCCAGUUGUGAGAGCUAAUGUUACAACAGUUGCUGAAUAUCUUGCUUCGAAGACAUCCAAGACAUCAAAAUUCGACGAUGUGACUCUGGAACACGCUUCAGAUAUCUUGCAUGUCUUGGCCUGUAUGGGUGUUGGUGAACCGAAGAUUACUGAUUAUCUUCACGAGGCUGUCAGUAACAUCAUGAAGUCCUUACACGCUAACAGGGGGAGCGAUUGUCGACGCAGCCGCAGUCUUGUCUCCAUUCGAGAUUCCAUUCAGACGCAGAUCUCGUCAUCGCUUCGUCAGGAGGGCGCUGUUAGAAUCCACAAGGAAUUCAUUCAGGCUAAGGCGGUUGGUCUCAAUUUGUCCCAUGUCGGCAGUGACCUGAGCUUCGCCUGGUUCAAAAGUAAACUAGGAGCUGAUACACUUGUAGGGUCAGACAUCAGGAUGUACGAUAGUAUCAGUGAGAUACCAGGUGAUGCGUCCACUACGAUCAGUUUAUCGGGAAGAGUCCUACAGUUGGCACAGGCGAAGUUAGGCAACAACACAUUUGAGCAGAUUCAUGCGACUUUUGUCAUCUAUGGGGAUGACACUCUCUUCCCUUCUUACCGCAUGACGAAGUCUGAAGGGGGGAAUCAUUUCACUUUUCCUGGGGGCGUGGUCUCAAUCAGUGUUGAUGACGUGCAACUGACCAAUCACUCGGUACCAGUCGUCGUUGAAUUUCAGGUUCCAGUGAUAGAUGACACUCAGUUUGCCGUGUGCGUAUUCUGGGACUUCACUCUGGAGAACGGAGCCGGUGAUUGGUCAAAUGUUGGAUGUGAGAUUAACCUACUGACCAAUGGGAGAUACAGAUGCCUGUGUAACCAAGCAACACACUUUGCCAUAUACUUAGAGAUGGCACGAGAGUUGAGAGUACAUCAGCGUAAGCUGGAUCCUAUCGUGCGAAUAAGUUGCAUCAUUUCAGCAAGUUUUUACUUGUUACUUCUUGCAUUUCUCACCUUGCGGAGGCUUCGAGGCAGCACAUUCAGCCCAAGCUUUGCUCAGUUCAUCCUCUCCUUGUUGAUGCUUUACUUGGUGUUCACCGCAGGAGUCGACACUGCAAAGGGUUCUGCAUUCUGGUGCGUGGUGGUGUCUGCUCUACUGCAAUAUUUACCACUAACAACCUUGGUGUGGACAGCCAUCGAGGCGAGAAGCGUCUACGUCAGUGCAAGACCGACAGACCAGGCAAUAAAAAGUCCUGUACGUGUAACGAUAGCUAGCCUUUUGGCAUGGGGCCUCCCGAUGCUGGUGACAGGUGGAUCGUUGUUUCUUACAUUCGACCUUCAUGGCAGGGGAGAUUUCUGUCUUCUUGGUGAUGAACUACCACUGUACUUCGGCAUUGGUUUACCAUUUUGGUUAAUUUUGAUUCACAACCUUGUCCACUCGGGCCUGGUGUUGGCCAUUAUCUGCAAGACUUGGAAUCAACCUUCAUCCAGGUGGAUUAUUGGGCAGUUGGGGGCCUUCAUUGGCACAUACACCUUGAUAACUGCAACUUGUUACUUUGGGUUCCAAACAGCACGUUAUCCGUCGGGGAGUUAUACUUACAUCUUCUGCGCAGCAAUCUUCAUACAGAUGAUCGUCACAUGCUGUGCACUGUUGGUGAAACUGAGAGAGACUUUUGAUGCUGGUAGAUCGAAAGCUGCAGACGACAAAAGUGAAGCAGAGAGAGAAUCACCUCUUCAAGAUUCAUCUGAAGUCACCAUCUCUCCGCCUGUCUCGUGUGGUAGUAAGGGCCUUGAGUUGAACAUCAUGGAAUCAGGCAUAUUUGACUAGAUAGAACGAGAUAGGGUCAGGGUGGUGCUUUUUACAUCACAUGAUUCUCAAAGGUGUAAAAAAAUUAAUGAUUUUGCGAAAAGUGUUCUCGUCAUGUCUUGUUCGGGAAAGGCUUUGUGGCUCUCUUUUUGUUCUCAGCAUUAAAUUCUAAGAAGCGUGUUGUCUGUUUGGAAAUUGGGUGAAACACUUGUACAUACUUUGAAUGAAGGGAAGUGAAAUACACCAUAAAUUUUACCUUUUGUUAU